AUGUCAGUUUACUCUGUCUCAAACUUGAAUAGCUCCAGAUUUGCUCUCACUGGUUUUCCUGGCCUAGAAAUUUACUAUGUCUGGUUCUCCAUCCCUUUCUCCCUCAUCUAUGCCAUGGUGUUCCUGGGAAACUGCAUGGUGCUCCAUGUAGUCAGAACUGAGCCAAGUCUGCACCAGCCCAUGUUCUACUUCCUGACCAUGUUGGCUGUCACUGACCUGUGCAUGGGGCUAUCCACUGUACACACAGUGCUGGGCAUCCUGUGGGGUUUCACUGAAGACAUCAGCCUUGAUGCCUGCAUAGCUCAGUCCUAUUUUAUUCAUGGUCUGUCCUUCAUGGAGUCCUCUGUCCUGCUCUCCAUGGCGUUUGACCGCUACGUUGCCAUUUGUAACCCACUAAGCUAUUCCUCCAUCUUAACAAAUGACAAAAUCAUGAAAAUUGGGGUAGCAAUCUUAUGUAGGAGUUCUUUGCUCAUUCCUCCUGUCAUCAUCAAGCUGAAAUUCUUAGAUUACUGCCGUCCUCAUUUCCUCUCUCACUCUUUCUGCCUGCACCAAGACUUGAUUAGAAUGGCCUGUUCAGACAUUCGCUUCAACAGCAUCUACGCUCUGGUUCUGGUGAUCUGCACACUCUCGUUGGAUGUGGUGCUCAUACUUACAUCCUACACCAUGAUCUUGCACACAGUUUUAGUCAUUGCAUCCCGGGAGGAGAGAAUCAAAUCCUUGCAGACUUGUGUAUCUCACAUCUGUGCUGUUUUGGUUUUCUACAUUCCAAUCAUUGGUCUGACUAUGGUACAUCGGUUUGGGAAACACCUCUCACCAAUGGUUCAUGUCCUCAUGGGCAAUAUCUAUAUCCUUUUCCCCCCCUUGAUGAAUCCCAUUAUUUAUAGUAUCAAGACCCAGCAGAUUCGACUGAGAAUGCAGAGAUUGCUCUACUUGAAAAGAGCCUAA